UGACUGUCAUAUAUCAAAACUAGAAAUAGAAUCCCAGAAUUAUUAAAUUUAUAAUUACCUGAUUAACUAUCCUUCCUCCAUGAUAAUUACUUUGAGUACAUAGUCACCUCACCUGUGAUUUUCACUAAUUUUAUUCCUAAAAAUGCAUGAGGCUUACCUAGUUUCGUCUCUUUUGAAAGUGACGUAUCAAAUAGAAUCUAUAGCAGCUUAUGAUGAAAAUCUGCUUGUUGGAACUAGACAGGGCCAUUUAUGCAUGUAUAGCUUACUAAGAAAUGAUGAUAAAUGCGAAGUCCAAUUAAUGAGAUACAAUAAAUCAUUCAGUAAGAAAGCUGUACAACAAUUAGAAGUUAUAUCUGAAAAUAACUUGUUAAUUAGUUUAACAGAUAAUUUAAUUCAAGUUCAUGAUCUUAAUGCCAUUCAUUUUACAACUUUACAUCAGGUCCAGAAGUCUAAAGGCGCAACAUUUUUUACUAUUAAUAUUAAGAAGCAAACAUCCCUGACAGGUGAAUUAACUGUUCUGGUUCGAAUGGCUGUAGCAGUUAAGAGAAAAAUCCAGUUGUAUUAUUUAAAAAACAACGAAUUUUUAACAUUAAUGGAUGAUAUCAGUUUAAAUGAUAUUCCUAAAUCUUUGGUUUGGUGUCAAGAAGCUAUUUGUAUUGGUUACAGAGGAGAAUAUGCCUUAUUACAGUUAGAUGGCAAACAAACUGACCUUUUUCCAACAAGCAGUACACGAUCAAAUGAACCAUGUAUGGUUCGUGUCUCUGAUACAACUUUUGCUCUGUGUAGAGAGUCUCAAACUGUUCUAGUCAAUGUAAACGGAGAAACAGAGCGAAAUAAGGCCUUAAGAUGGUCAGAUGUGCCUGUUAUGUUAGCUUGGGAUGAGCCUUAUGCUCUUGGAAUUUUGACAGACUCUGUUGAGAUUUUGACUUUAGAGCCAAGCAGCUUGGUGCAAACUCUAACAGACCUUCCUAAAGUAAGGUUCAUAGUAUCUGCCCAAAAACAAGGUUUACUUUAUGCUGCUUCCAUAAGUCAGAUAUGGUGUAUCCAAGCAGUCGAUGUAGCAAGGCAAAGGGAGGUGCUUGUCAAUGCUAAACAUUUUCAGCUUGCCUUAAAACUAACUCAAAUUUCGAAAGAAUCGGAAGACGAGAAGCAAGAAAAAAUCCAUCACAUUCAAACGCUCCUAGCCUAUGAUUUAUUCCAUAGGAAACAGUUCCAUGAAAGUAUGAAGGAAUUUUUAAUAUUAGGCACCGAUGCUUACGAUGUCAUCCGCUUGUUUCCCGAUUUGUUACCCCAACAGCAGCAGGGUGUCGAUGUCCCAGAACCCGUCAGGGAUUUGACCGAAAAAGAAUUGGAAACUAGCAGAUUGGCGCUAAUUGAUUACUUGACUGAAAUAAGACGUAUCAAAUCUUCUGAAACAUCACAGGGAAACAUUAACGCCACUGGCAACCUCGGUGACAAACACACCAGUAAAUCAAUCAAUCAGCUACUCCAAAUCAUCGAUACCACUCUACUAAAGUGCUACCUACAGACCAACGAUGCUCUGGUGGCCCCCCUCCUUCGUCUCAACCAUUGCCACUUGGUCGAGACCGAGAAAGUUCUCAAGAAAAUGGGCAAACACAAUGAACUCAUUAUCUUGUAUCAAACCAAAGGGCAGCACAGAAGGGCUUUGGAACUGUUGCAAUCAGAAGGCAGCAUCGAACGAACUGUCAACUAUCUCCAGCAUUUGGGAGCAGAAAAUAUGGGAUUGAUUUUGGAGUUCUCCGAUUGGGUGCUUACCGAGUCGCCCGAAGAAGGACUGAAGAUAUUCACGGAAGAUAUAGUCGAGGUAGAAUCCCUACCCAGACCCAGGAUUCUAGAUUUUCUUCUCAAAUCCCACAAAUCCGUGGUAAUUCCAUACUUGGAGCACGUCGUCCACAUCUGGGAAGAUACAAACCCGCUUUUCCAUAAUGCUCUGGUGCAUCAGUAUCGAGAAAAAGUUGUCAACGAAGGCCCUGCCGCGUCCGAACAUACCAGAAAGAAGUUAUUGCAGUUUUUGGAGAACAGCAAGCAGUACACUUCCGAAAAUAUAUUAAGCAGUUUCCCCACUGAUAUUCUGUUGGAGGAAAGGGCCAUUAUAUUGGGAAGACUGGGGAAGCACGAACAGGCCCUUACCAUUUAUGUUAGGGCUUUGGGUGACAUCAAAAAGGCUGAACGUUAUUGUGAUAAGAUUUAUGAAAAAAACAUUACGGGUUGUCAAAGUGUCUAUGUUUCCCUCAUCAAAUUAAUUCUAAACCCGGAUAGCUGCCCCUUAUCCCUCCCAGGUUUAAAUCUAUCACCGAAAACCGCUCAGCCCGACUUAGAAUUAGCCCUAAGGCUUCUAGAAGAGCAUGCCAUUCAUAUGAAUCCGUUGGAAGCUUUAUCCAUACUACCAGACAGUGUUCCUGUAUCCAGAAUCCACAAAUUUCUGUUGGUGGCCCUGCAAAAAGUUAUACAAGAACGUAGGAGUAUGCAACUCAUGAAAGGACUCCUUUAUGCCGAGCAUUUGCAGUUCCAAGAGCAAAAAUUGACUUUGCAAAGUCAGCACGUGCUGGUUACCGAAUUGAAUGUUUGUCCUGUGUGCAAAAAGAGAUUUGGGAAUCAAAGUGCUCUGGUGAGAUAUCCAAAUGGAGAUGUAGUUCAUUAUUCAUGCCAGGACAAAAAAUAAUUACUAGCUUUAGGUUUUUUGUAGAUAAUUUUGAGUUACCUUGUAUUAAUUUUAUAAAUUGUAUCGUUUCAUACCUUAAUUAAAUUAUGUAUAAAAAUUAUAUGCAUUGUAAGUUUUAUAUUUAUAUGUUACAAAAUUGUGAUAUUUAGCUUAAUAUAUU